UUGCACAUCCCAAAGAAUAUGUAUUCUGUCACAAGACUUCUGAUCAUACUGCCAAUCAUAACACAUCAAACUCACAAACAUUUACACUUUGCAAAGUAAUGCUGUGUAUUUGCCUGACCUUUCCAUGCUGUUUUUAUUCUGUAUAAUGUGGUUUGUUAAUCACCUAAUCAUUCCCCCCCAGAUAUUCUGACCCAGUUGCCUAACAAAUAAUGGAUUUGUCUUGUAGCUUUUCCAAAAAAAUUAUUUUAAUGACAUUCAAAUAUUAUGACGGAACAUGAGAAAAACUGCAAAUCAUUUAACCUACCUGACUGGCUCAUCUAACAACUUGUGUAUUAAAGCCUGUUUCUGUUUAACACAUGGUACAGAUGUGUUCAAGACUUUACUGGAAAUUUUAACAUCAGUGUUUAACAUAAAAGUAAAAUGGUAAUACUUAAUGAUCUAGAGGUGGACUUCUCUGAUCCAGAGUCAAUCUCAAACAGCAAAAUUAAGGAGAGAGGCCAGUGGACCAGUAAAGUAGAAUUUCUUCUGGCUGUUGCUGGACAAAUCAUCGGCCUAGGAAAUGUGUGGAGGUUUCCUUACUUGUGUUACAAGAAUGGAGGUGGAGUGUUUUUAAUACCAUAUUUGGUCUUCCUGUUUGCGUGUGGCAUUCCACUGUUCAUCCUUGAGAUAUCAUUAGGCCAGUACACCUGUCAGGGCAGCAUCACCUGCUGGAAAAGAAUUUGCCCUUUGUUUCAAGGAGUAGGUUAUGGAACGGUAGUAGUCCUGUUGUAUUCCUGCACCUACUACAUUAUCAUUAUGGCCUGGGCAUUCUUCUAUCUUUUUUCCUCUUUCAGCUCUGUGCUACCAUGGGCUAGCUGCAGUAAUGCCUGGAACACUGAAAUGUGUGUUGAAUUUGACAAAAUUGAUAAUUUUAGCAGACAAAGUAUAUCAGAGAAUGCAACUUCACCUGGUCAAGAGUUCUGGGAGAGGAGGGUAUUAAAUCUUACAGGCAGCAUGUAUGAGCUGGGCAGUGUGAGGUGGGAACUGGCUCUGUGUCUCCUCUUGGCUUGGACCAUCUGCUACUUCUGUGUGUGGAAGGGAGUGAAAUCAACAGGCAAGGUGGUCUAUUUCACUGCUACUUUUCCUUAUGUUAUGCUGGUGGUGCUGUUGCUGCGUGGAAUCACAUUGCCUGGAGCCUUUGAUGGCAUCAGAUUUUAUCUCUACCCAGAUCCUACACGUCUCACAGAACCACAGGUGUGGAUGGAUGCCGGAACUCAAAUUUUUUACUCCUACGCUCUCUGCAUGGGCUGUCUUGUUGCUCUUGGAAGCUACAACAAGUACAACAAUAACUGCUACAAGGACUGUAUUUACCUUUGCCUGUUGAACAGUGUGACCAGUUUUGUGGCUGGCUUUGCCAUUUUCUCUGUGUUGGGAUUCAUGGCUCAUGAGCAGGAGACAGACAUCUCAACAGUGGCAGAGUCAGGUCCAGGGUUGGCCUUUAUUGCCUACCCCAGGGCAGUUGCUAUGAUGCCUGUUCCACAAUUAUGGGCCAUUUGUUUCUUUAUUAUGACAAUUCUUUUGGGCUUGGACACUCAGUUUGUAGGAUUGGAGUCAUUAAUGACAGCUAUAACAGACCUGUACCCCUCUUACUUACUCAUUGGUUAUCGGCGUGAACUCACCCUGCUCUUCAUCUGUGCUGGGAGUUUUCUCAUUGGCCUGGUUAUGGUUUCAGAGGCGCUGACCGUCUGUAUGAUAAUAUUGAAGACAUGAUUGGCUAUCGACCAUUGUUCUUGAUAAAAUACUCUUGGAAAUACAUCACUCCUCUAGUCUGCACUGGUACAUUCGUCUUCUAUCUGGUCAAAUUCACUCCUCUAAAGUUUAACAAUGUAAUUGAAUACCCCUGGUGGGGCUAUG